GAGAAAGCGGAAGACAAACAACCUCAUCAAUGCUCCUUUCCCUCUCUCUCUCAUCACUCCUCUUCGUUUCCACCAACGUCAAAUCCAUCCAUGGAUAUCGAUUUUCCUCUACCUAGAUAUUUGAUUGAGAUCGGGAACAGAGCGUCUGCACCAUCUCCUUCAAGCUCCAUUUCAGCGUGUUUCAUCAAAUUCCAGUGAAGAAGAGGUCUUGAUAAUGGAGAAGAGGAAGUAUCCAAUUGGAGCGCAGCAUUAUACACUUUAUGAGGAGAUUGGACAGGGUGUGAGUGCUUCGGUGCAUCGUGCUCAAUGUAUACCCUUCAAUGAGAUUGUUGCAAUCAAGAUUCUUGAUUUUGAACGCGAUAACUGUGAUCUGAAUAGCGUUUCUCGUGAAGCACAAACCAUGAUCUUGGUUGACCAUCCUAAUGUUCUUAAAUCACACUGCUCUUUUGUUAGUGAUCAUAAUCUUUGGGUUGUAAUGCCCUACAUGGCUGGGGGGUCUUGUCUUCACAUUUUGAAGGCAGCAUACCCUGAUGGUUUUGAGGAGGUAGUUAUAGCAACAAUACUUCGUGAGGUGUUGAAAGGCCUAGAAUAUCUUCAUCAUCAUGGACACAUACAUCGAGAUGUCAAAGCUGGGAAUAUUCUCAUUGAUGCUCGUGGAGCAAUCAAGCUGGGAGAUUUUGGUGUUUCAGCUUGCCUUUUUGAUUCAGGUGAUAGGCAACGUAUGAGGAAUACAUUUGUGGGUACUCCUUGCUGGAUGGCACCUGAGGUCAUGGAGCAGUUACGUGGUUAUGAUUUCAAGGCUGAUAUAUGGUCUUUUGGUAUAACUGCAUUGGAGCUUGCUCAUGGCCAUGCUCCAUUCUCCAAAUAUCCACCAAUGAAGGUGUUGCUUAUGACUUUGCAAAAUGCACCACCUGGCCUGGAUUAUGAAAGAGAUAGGAAGUUUUCUAAGUCUUUCAAACAGAUGAUUGCCAGCUGCUUGGUUAAAGAUCCAUCAAAAAGGCCUUCAGCAAAGAAGUUGCUAAAACAUUCCUUUUUCAAGCAAGGCAGAUCAAAUGAUUACAUAGCACGAACACUCCUUGAGGGGUUGCCUUCUCUUGGUGAUGGUGUCAGGGCAUUGAAGAGAAAGGAAGAAGAUAUGCUUGCACAAAAGAAAAUGCCAGAUGGAGAGAUGGAAGAACUAUCACAGAAUGAAUACAAACGGGGGAUUAGUGGUUGGAACUUCAACCUUGAAGAUGUGAAGGCUCAAGCAUCCCUGAUCCAAGAUGAAGACAUUCUAUUAGAUGGUAACCAAGGAGGGGGCUCAAAUUCUUUGUCAGCUCUUGAUGCGCAGGAUAAGCAGUCAGAGUUCCAAACUGCAUCAAGAGGGAACUCUUCACAAGUUGCAGAUAUGGAUGGUAAUGAUCUGAUCCUGAAUCAACCAGCUAGCUCUGCAGCAUUUGUGCCAGCAAUAAAUAUUUCCAAAGAUAAAUGUGAAAGAUCCGAUGAUGAUUCAAGCAUUGCCAGUCCCCAGAAUGAACAGUUUGUGAUUUCUCAUUGUCAUUGUGAAGAUAUUGAAAUCAAUUGCGGUGAAAAGCUCACCUUGGAGACCAGAGGAAAAUCUUUGGAAUAUACUGUUGCUCCUCAUCAGAGAACAGUUGGUUCUUCAGCCAGCAGUUCACCAGAAAUUAAUAUCGCUCUGACCAAAGGAGAAAGUGAUAAGCAAAAUCAGCCCCAAUGUAUUCCUGCAUGCAAUGGGGCAACAUCUCCCCGUGGAGGAGAGGAAAUUGUUCCUGAACUUCCAUCUAAGAUAUCUAAAUCAUCAGCAGUGAACAAUGAUGAACUUGAUGAGAAGGCAAAGCCUCCCGUUAUUCAGCAAAGAGGACGUUUUAAAGUUACAUCAGAGAAUCUUGACCUGGAAAAGGUUGGCCCUUCACCUACACUGCAGAAGAGUCACAGCAUGCAGGUGCUUACCCAACAUCCCGUGGUUUCUCUACAAUCACCACCAGCAGAUGCUGGUUCUUCAACUACUUCUCCUCAUUCUCUCUUUACCACACUGCAAACUGUUUUGCAGACAAACAUUCUUCAGAGGGAGGCAAUUCUAACACUGAUGAAGCAAAUUUCUGCUAACUUUACAGCCAACCGUCCAAUUGAGGGAGGAUGUCUAUUACUCAAUACACUUGGAGAAAAAUCUUUGCUUGAAGCAGCUCAUGACAGGGAAAAGGAGUUACUUCAUGAAAUAACCGACUUGCAGUGGAGGCUUAUAUGCGCCCAAGAUGAAAUCCAAAAAUACAAAACCGAAAAUGCUCAGGUCUGAUUUAAUUUUCAUGUCAUUGUCUGAUGGAUGAAUUUAGGCCAAAUUUGUCGAACCAUAUUAUACCAGUGAAAUUCUACCAAAAAAAAAUAAAAUAUUAUACCAGUGAAAGCGUAUUGAAACAUAUUCUGCUGGAGAGGUCACUAAUUAUCAGUAGUUCGACAUUAUUCCUAGUUUAGGUUACUUUAUUUACUUUAAAUAGUCGAAAUGUAUCUCAUUACUUAGUUAUCCUCUAACUUUGAGCAGCUUCUUUUACUGUACAUAACCCUUUUAUGGAUUAUUGUAGCUCUUAUUGUCUGUAGAUACACUUCAAUUA